GAAGUCGUCCUCAGGGCCAGUCCCCAUCCACCCCUCCCUGGGGCUCCAGACCCCCAAGGCCUGCCCCUCUUGCUCCACAGCCCCACUUGCUCCCUUCUAGAUGUGGGGGUGCUUUAGCAGCUGCUCUCCUGGGCUCCCCCACUGCAGCCGGUGUCUCGCCACUUCACAGCCUCCGCUGACUUGCCCCCUCCCCUGUGCCAAAUCCUCUGGCCUCGUGCAGCAUCAGGGGUCCGGGCAGCACCCCAGUACCGACAGCGUCUUAGCAGGCAGGCUCAGGAGUGGGGCAGGGGCCAGGCCUGAGGGAGAGGCCCUCGCCGAGGCACAUCUUGGCACGUCCAAGGCUGUGCCCAUGAGGGAGGUGCCCAUGGACGUGUUGCCACUUGUCCUCCGACCUGCAGCCUUUGUUCCCCGGGAGAGGGCGAGCCGGGAGCCUGGCAGCGGCUGGGUAAACAGGCGGCCCCAGGAGGCAGCGGGGGCCUGUCUGCCCUUCUCCCACCCCCCACCUGCAGUUCCUGGCCUUCAGAUCCCACCUAAAGUCUCUAGGAGUUUCCUGAGGAGAGGCCCCCCGUGGGGCCAGGCCAGGAGCAGCAUGGAGAGGACCCCCAGCGUGAGGUCAGGGCCCUCCAGCUGGCUGCCUCUGGGGCUGGACCCCGGGGAGCUGGACCAGGAGGAGGCGGAGCAGGAGCUGCGGUGGCUGGAGCUGGGCUCUGAGGCGCCUGGGGAAGCCAGGACCCAGGGACCCGGCGCCUCUCAGGAUUGGGGUCCCCUACCCUGGGCGGUGUGGCGGGGCCACGAGGGCCUGGUGGUGCAGCUGCUGCGGCAGGGGGCUAGUGUGGACGAGAGGGACACCGUGGGCCGCACCCCGCUCCACCUGGCGGUGCUGCGCGGCCACGUGCCGCUGGUGCGCCUGCUGCUGCGGCGCGGGGCGCGGGUGGACGCCGCCGACGGUGCGGGGCGCACGCCGCUGCACGAGGCCGCCUGGCGCGGGCAUUCGCGGGUGGCCGAGCUGCUGCUGCGGCGGGGGGCCCCGGCAGCAGCGCGCUCAGGUUCCGGUCUGACGCCGCUGCACUGGGCCGCUGCGCUGGGCCGCACGCUGCUGGCCGGGUGCCUGCUGGGCGCGCCGGGCCCGGGGCCCGCGGCGGCGGACUCGUGCGGCUGGACGGCGGCGCACUGGGCGGCGGCGGGCGGCCGCCUGCCGGUGCUGGAGCUGCUGGCGGCGGGCGCGGGCCAGGACGGCGCGGGUUUGGAGGGCGCCCUGCUUGUGGCAGCCGCGGCCGGGCGCGGGGCGGCGCUGCGUCUGCUCCUGGCGCGCGGGGUGCGGGUCAACGCCCAGGACGGCGCAGGGGCCACAGCGCUCGGCAUCGCGGCUGCUCUGGGUCGCCAGCAGGACGUGAAGGUGCUGCUGGGCCACGCGGCUGACCCAAGCCUCCGGGACAGGCACGGCCGCUCUGCCCUGCACAGGGCCGCUGCUGCCGGUCACCUGCCCGCCGUGCAGCUUCUGGUGGCCAGGGGCGCGGAGGUGGAUGUGCGGGACUCGCUGGGCCUCACGCCUCUGCAUUGGGCCUCCCGGGGAGGCCAUGUGGCAGUCACUGGCCACCUCCUGGACCACGGCGCGCAGGUCAAUGCUGCGGGCUGGUUGCACAAGACACCUUUGCACUUGGCUGUGGACUGCCGCCACGGCCCCACUGCCCAGCUUCUGCUGAGCCGAGGGGCCAGCCCUGCCCUGCAGACGCAGUGGGGCGAGGCAGCUGGGGGUCCAGCGCCCGAGGGGGACCUGCCACAGGCACCUCCCGCCCCUCACAGGGAGCAGUCGGAGCGCUAGGGGCACCCAUCCCACGGUGUCCUCAACCUCUUGCUGCAUGGCCAGAACAGGACAGAAAGCCCCUGGCCCUCCAAGUCUCCCUCCCCGGAGUCUGAGGCCACCUUUCUGGCUGGCGGGGUAUGGCCGAGGGUCUUCUGGAGGGGGCCGCAGCCUGAGGACCAAGGCCUGUGGCAGCUGGGGACCAGCUCCCAGCUCUGGGGGAGUGCCCAGUCCCCCCACAGCCCUCUGUAGGCUCCUAGGCAGAAACUUGGUCAGGCAACAGAUCUAAGCAGAAGCUGAGGGCCUGUCCUCGCCCCUCUCCUGCCCUGGGGGUGCUGCCCCAUGGGUCCAUGCCUGUGUUCUUUCUGUACAUGGGGACAGUUGUCCCUAAUUGGCCCCACUUCUGAAUCCACGUGGAAAAUUGUUGCUGUCAUUAUUUGACUGAAAAGUACAUUUUUUAAAAGAACAGCUUUCAUCUUU